UACGUAUAAGCCAGUUGUUUAAUCGUAUUGUGUGUGUACCUAUUGCAGUAUUAACGUCAAUUGAUUACUAGAAAAAAAUACACAGGCAUCUAAAAGUUAAAAAUUGUGAUAAAUUUACAAAUAUUAUUGAAGGAAAAGUGAGAUCUACAUAUGUACAUACUGAUUAAAAAACAUUAGAAGCUCUUGUUUUUAAUUCUGUGCAAAAUGAAAUUAAUACACAAAUCAUUUUACAACAUUAUUUUAACAAUUUUACUCAAAUAUAUCAUCAAUUCGGACGAAUUAAGCUUGGAUGAAUUUGGUUAUUACAAAAAUAUUGUUGUUGCAAUCGACGAAAGAACUGUGCAGAACGAUGUGGAAAACUACACGGAUAUUAUAAAGAUGGGAAUCCAAGACUUGUCUGAUCUGCUUCACUAUACAACCAAUGGAAGGUUUUCUAUACAAAAUGUCGACAUUUUAGUACCUGAUCACUGGGAUGUAGAGAUUGAUGGGCCUUCCACAUUUCAGUUUUAUGAAGCCGCAGAUUUAAAAAUUUCACACACUUUUGCUCUUCCCUUCGUGGACAAUCCGAACGCUUGCGGAUUUUCGGGUCGUGAUAUGCAGCUUCCAUAUAGCUUUUUUGACUUUGGAGAUUCAGGAAGAUAUGGGCGUUUGGGGAAAGCGUUACUUGCACAAUUUGCUCGACUUCGAUUUGGCGUUUGGGAGGAACAUGGCUUUCCUGGAGAUGCUAAAUUUCCUUAUUACUGGAAACGGUUACUUGGAACAGAAUGGGAAGUUAACACUUGUACAGAUGCACCAAUUGAAGGAAUUUACAAAAACAUAUAUGACGAGACUCCGUGUGGGCCAGAUCCUGACGAUGUUGAUAAUUUAUACCCACCACCAAGCGAUUGUCGAUUUUUCCCAAAUGCAGCUCAGACGGCAAAAUCAUCUCUGAUGAGUUACCACCAUUUACCCACAUUUGAAGCCUUCUGUAACUUUGAGACUCACGAUCGGGCUAAACCCACCCCACAAAAUUACUAUUGUCGCUAUAAAAGUGUGAUGGAGGUUAUGGAGACUACACCAGAUUGGAAAAUGGUGACAGAACAAAAUACGGCAGGUCGUGUCAACUUCACGGUGGUCAAAAAGUCUCCAAAACCCAUGCUCUACAUCCUUUUGGAUGCUGGAUUUACGCACGCACCAGCCCAAAUCCUUCCGCAAAUUUCUUCUCGCCUUUCAACUUUUAUCGAAUCUCGCGAAAUGCGCAGUAUUGUUGCUGGGCUUGGAAAAUUUCCAUCCGAGGAUCCCACUCAAAGUUUUACGGAGGUUAUACCUUGGACUCCAAUUAGGAAUGUUACUCAGGAAUUUGUAACAGCAUUUCACACAACGUUUGGUAAUCAGGCUGGGUUUAAAGACUACGCUGGAGCAUUGCGUGAGCUACUGGUUUCAUUUAACCAGCGAAAACAUACAUCUGGGGCUGCGAUUUUAAUUGUCAAACUGAGUCCUGAACCUAAUACAGGAAGUCUAACUUUGGAAAGUCAAGUGAUGGUUCCUCUCUUACUCUCCAACGUGAAAAUAUUUGCCGUGGAAGUACGCGGAAGUCCAAUCCAGGCAGGAAACGCGCUCGAGCGAGUUGUCGAAAAGUCGGAAGGGUUGCACUUGACGAUUUCGGAGCCAUCAGAUCUUGGUCAACCCUUUGACGAUUUUUUGACUGACUUGACAACCACCCUGCAAACCCCGUUUACUCGAAGUAAAAAAUAUAUAGUUGGAAUGGAUGAAAUGAUUUUUUGCAAUGAGGCAGUGGGGUUCAAAUCGACUUCUCGAAUAACACAGUUCGAACUAUUCGCAAUACCAUUGUCAGGAGGGUUUGCUAGCCCAAAGCUGUGGGGUGGGACUGAUGGAGAUUACAUUGAUAUUACGUUACAAGAGAUGACGUGGGACUCCGCAGAAACUGCUACAGAUUCUCGGAAAAGCUUUUACUUUUCAUCUCCCGAAGGGGAAGAACCAUUGGAUAGUGUACGCUGGUCACGUUUGUCCCUUGGAUGCGAUAGUGUUUGCAUUUGCAUAGCUCGAGUUACUGUGUUACUGCAAGUGGAAGACUUGGACUUAAUCCCGAAAGAUAUCAAGCUCACCGUUACAACGUCCGCAAUCAAUGGCAUUGUCGACUUUAGAGAUGCGAACGCUGGGUCAUACACCGGCUCAGCUUUUGCCAUUUAUGCAAAAUUGGAUCAAGACGGAAUUCCGUUCCAGGCAACUUUAGGUCUUAACGUGACUGCCGUGAUAUCUUGUCCCACUGCGCCAGGAAAGCACGCGUGGUCUGUACAACUUAAAGACGAUGGAAGUGCGUCACCGGACAUAACCACAAACGACGGUAUAUUCUCAGGGGAAUUUGUCCCAGAAGUUACUGACGACAUGGUGGAAUUUGAUGGGAUGUACGAAAUCUUUGUGAUUGCAAAAUAUGAAAAGUUUGUUGAGCCAACUGUACCCACUAAAAUUAUGGACGGCAAAAACGAAACUCAAAACUUUGCAUCAUUUUCACCAAUUGGGAGAUUGUUUCCAGUUGAUCAAGGACACAUUGGGUGUGGGAGUGGUUAUCUGGGCUGUUGGAGUAAAAUUGCAGAAGAAAAUUUUUUCGUUAGCUCCAACCUUGAGAAGAACGUAGAGUUUGUCAAUUACCAAUUGUUUCAGGCGAUCGGAACAAGAAUAGUGGAUUUGGUGAUAACUCCACUUGAGAACAACCAAGUCAAUCUACAAUGGACCGAUCCGAGAGUUAGAGACCCAAGGGGUAAUCCAGACCAAGUAGAUUUUUAUGAAAUUCGACAUCAAGAUGAGAUUGAUAAGCUGCUGUUCGAUUUCGACCACGCUGAAAACCUACCGGCAAAUAAGUUGCCGAAUACUCAACCACCUGGGACCCUACAAAGUGUUACUUAUGAUUUUGGUAGGGAAGCGAGUAGAUAUUACGCAAUAAGAACUAUAGUCACGUCCUCCGGCAUCGAAGUAUGGUCACAACUGUCGGUCAUUGUGGGUGUGAAUAUUAAGACUACGUUAGAUGCAAGCACAACUACGACAACUACAACAACAAUUAGCCCCACGACCAGAACAACGCUACCACCACGAACGACCUCAGCCGGUCCCACAACGACGGAGGCCGAGAUUACGACAAUCAUUACGACUCCAAGAACGACUAAGGCGCGUUCGACAACUACAAGGCCCCCACCCUCCACGACAACAACUCCAAAGCCCACAACUACUGUUCCGCCUCCGGCAACGGAUGACCCCAUAAAACACUGGUUUGAGACAACGGAGGGGAUAAUCACCUUAUCUGUUUUUGGCGGAACAGUUCUUACGCUAUCAGUUCUUGGAGGAGGAUUUUACAUAUGGAUUACAAAAUAUAGAUAAUCGAUUAAUUUUAAUAAACUACAUAAAUAAAUCGUUUUGUUAAGUAUCGCAAA